UGUCAUUCGGUUUGUAUAAGUACUGUAAAGAAGAUAUUGUCAAAAGUGGUGAUUGUUUAUGAAAAUAUGCGUGGAUUGUUUUGUUUCAUCGUUCUCAUUAUAUUAUAUCAAAGUUGCUAUGGAAUGACAAGGGCACAGUUGAAGAAAACUUUGACUAUCGUAAAGAAACAGUGUGUACCGAAAAUUGGAGUGUCUGAAGAUAAAAUUGAUAAAAUAGAACAAGGAGUGUUUAUAGAAGACCGUAAAGUCAUGUGUUAUGUAACUUGCGUUUACAAAAACAUGCAAGUGGUGAGAAAUGACAAAUUGAAUCAGGAUUUGAUAAACAAACAAGUAGAAGCCUUGUACCCUGCCGACAUGAAAUCAGCAGUCAAGAAAGGAGUAGACCAUUGCAUGCCCGUCCAGGAAAAGUACAACGACGUUUGCGAACGCGUAUUCUACGGGACAAAAUGCUUGUACGAGUAUGACCCGCCUAACUUCGUUAGUGUUUGUGAUGGAUUCUGUUACAUAGAAAGGAUUUAUAUAACCGAAAUUAAAAUGCUUUCCAAAAUUAAUUUGAUUUAUUUUUUAUGUGUACUCUUCACUUUGAAAUAUUUCGGUGUGAAUGGAAUGACCAGGCAACAGGUUAAAAACUCAGGCAAGCUGAUGAAGAAAACAUGUAUGCCGAAAAAUGACGUCACCGAAGAACAGGUCGGUGACAUUGACAAGGGCAAGUUUCUGGAAGAGAAGAAUGUGAUGUGCUACAUAGCUUGCAUUUACUCCGUGGGUGGUGCUUUGAAGAACAACAAGAUAAUCCACGAGGCUAUGAUAAAGCAGGUCGACAUGAUGUUCCCUGCGGAUAUGAAGGACGCGGUAAAGGAAACCAUAGAGAAGUGUAGAGGAGUUGCAAAACAGUACAAGGAUAUUUGCGAAGCAGCGUUUGCGACGGCCAAAUGCAUGUACGAAGCAGAUCCGCCUAAUUUCUUGUUCCCGUAACAUACGAAGAGCAAUGAGUUUAUCUCUGAAGAUUUGUUGAAGUUAAUUUG